ACUGACGGAAGAUUAAUUACUUGAUCUAGAAAAGGGUGGCGCUAUCUACUCCAGUUCCUCCGGCUCCAGCCAGUCCAGUAACAAAAGCAAAAAACUUAAAAAGAGUAAAGAGCAUAAACCCUCCAGUAAACUACAGAAAACUUUGUCAGCAUCAGAUUCAGAGGAUGAAGAAGAUGCUAAAAAGAAGAAAGCUAGAAUACCUCGAAAGACGAAGAAGCCGGAGAAAAAGGACGAAAUUUCGGACGAUCAGGCAGAUUGGAGGGUUGAGUUUGAUGAUGGGCUAGACGAUGAAUUCAUUGGGGAUGAGAAGGACAGGGAUAUGCUGGAGGACAUGACGGAGAGGGAAAGGGAGGAGGAGCUCUACAAGAGAGCGGAGAAGAGGGAGGAACUUAAGAAGAGGUUUGAGAUCUCCCAGAAGUUAAAAAAGCAGAAUAAAAACAAGAACCUGGAGAGAAGGGAAUCAGGGUCAGAUGAAGGGGAACUGAGGGAGGAUAGAGAGGACAGGGAGGACAGGGAUGACGCUGCAUAUCUAGCUGAGUCAGGGAGCAGGAAGAAAGGGUAUGAGGAGAAAUAUGGGAGUAAGUUCAACGCCCUAAGUGAACUUAAGGCGAAGAGGGAGGAGAAGGAGAGAAAGGAGAAGAUGAGAGAAGAGAAACAGAAGAAGAAAUCAAGGAAGAAAGAAUCAGAAUCAGAGUCCGGCUCAGAUUAUGAGAAAUUAGGACGUAGAAAGAAGAAGAAGGUUUUGAAAGCAUCUGAAAUAUACUCAAGCUCUAGCUCCGACGACGGAGACAAUGUCCGCAGAAAAACUAGUUCAGAACACAGUAGUAGCAGUGUGAGCUCUAUAAGUGAGUCUGGUGGAGAAUCUGAUACAGAAAGACAGAAUUCUAAGAAAACUGUCAAGAAAGCAAUGCAUCUUGAUACUGUAGAAGAGCUUGAGAAAAUUAGGUUAUCCCGGUUUAAACUUGAUAAGUUUUGUCAUCUGCCCUGCUUCAAGAAAACUGUAGUGGGAUGCUUUGUAAGGAUAGGGAUAGGGAAAAAUGCUGAAACUAAUAAGGAUGUCUACCGAUGCUGUGAAAUAAUGGAUAUUUGUGAAACUGGAAAAGUUUAUAAUGUGAUGAAAACUAAGACUAAUAUAGGAUUAAAAUUGAGGUUUGGAAAAGAUACAAGAAUAUUCCGUUUACAGUUUGUUUCCAACCAGGCAUUUAAAGAAAGUGAAUUUACAAAUUGGAAGAAAGCCUGCCAUGAGGGGAAUAUAUUGCUUCCAACAGUUGCACACAGAGAACAGAAAGAAAAAGAUAUCAAGUACGCCCUGGAGUAUAGAUUCAGUAGCUACGACGUCGAGAAGAUCCUCGCUUCAAAGGGAAAAUUCAAUCAGAGUCCGAAAAAUUUUGCCAUGUACAAGGCAAAACUUAUGAAAGAACGAGAUAUGGCUGAGACGGCUGGCGACACAGAGAAAGUUGCAAAGUUGACACAGGACCUGGACACUUUGGAGGAGAAGGCUGAGGACCUGGACAGGAAGAGAACCAGCACCAUCUCAACCAUCUCACUCAUCAACGAUAGGAACAGGAAGAACAACGUCGCCAGAGCUUACACGGGUAUUCAAGCAGAUGAGGAGAGAAGGAGGAGGGAGGGAGAUAUCGACGAUCCAUUCACCAGGAGAAAAACUAAACCUAAACUAGGCUUUGCUGGAAAGAAUAAAGAACCCGAGAUGACUAGUGAGUUACUGAAGAAAUUAGAACUAGAAAAAGCCAAAAGUGAAAAGAAAGAGAAAGAGAAAACUCCUCUCUCUAUUCUACCCCCUCCAGUUGAUAUCUCCAAGCUGGCCGGAAGUAAGGAUAUGUCGGGUAUUCGGCCUAAACUGGAUAUAUUUGAUGCACACAACUUCGAGCUAGAUAUUAACGUUGAUGGUAUUCAGGCCACCCCGGUGACUCCCUCCAUUAAUCUUAAACCUGUUACAGCAAUAGAAACCCCUGCAGGUCCACUGAAAAGAUCUUUGAAGCUUGAUGAAUGGAAAAAGAAACGAGGAAUUAUUUAGAUAUUCAAAAAUGUACGUUAGCGCCAUCCUAGCAUCCUUCUUUGCUCCUUAUGUUUGCUCCAUUCUUACAUCCUAAUUUGCUUCUUUAUGUUUGCUCCACAUCCCUUUAUUCUACUUUGCUCCCAGAUAUUCACUCAACAGAUGUCACUUUGCUCCCUGAUCACUCCAUAGAUCCUGCUUUGCUCCAUAAUAUUCACCUACUUUGCUCCCUGAUUUUCACUUCACAGAUCCUACUUUGCUUCCUGAUUUUUACUCCAUAGAUUCUACUUUGCUCCCUGAUAUAUGCUUCAUAGAUCCUACUUGCUCCCUGAUUUUCACUUCAUAGUCCAUACCUUAGCAAUUAUUGACCCAGGAGCAAGUUAUGAUCUUCCUUUCCCAUUUAAGGAUUACCAAUUUGUAUGAUCAUUAAUUUUUGAUUGGUUAUAAAUUACCUGAUCACAAAUCGAGAAUUAUUUUUAAUUUAACUUACUCAUUCUGAUGACGGAGAAACAGAAUGUUAUUUCAAAGCAACAAUUUUCACUCUCAAGUUCUUAAUUUACAAAUCAAUUAUUAACCAUCUCAGUACAUAUCAAAUUUGUUAGAGUAGUCGGUUUUUAUCAAUUAAAAAAGAUAUUUCCUUUUGUGACAAUUUUUUGUAAUUAACUUAGAUUCAUUCUUUGCUACAUUGAUACAUACUGUAGUUCAAUUCAACAUUAGCCUCAUUUUGAGGGACUGUAAGCGUAGUUCAUAGUGACCCUAAAUUGUCAACGAUACCCUUGCUUUCUCUAAGUAGCAAAUGAAGAAAAUAUGUCGUUUAUUAUUUUAAAAGUGACGAGUUCUGAUCAGAAAAUGUGAAACUAACAGUAAACACCUACUUUAUUUACAGUAUAAGGUUUGGAGCUCCUUCCAUUGUUCUGUUGGAAGUUAUUUUUGCAGAGAAACCACACCUGAAAACAAUAGAUUUUCAUUUAGAAAAUUUGGAUAUCUUAUUCAUCCGUUUUCAGAUUGUAAAGGGUAACGUGAUCAAAAAUAGAGAUUCACUUAAAAAAAGUAUUCAAUCCCUUUAAACAUAGUUAUAACCGAAACAUUUCUAUGUAUUAUUUUUAAUCCAUUUUAAAUAAUAUUUUUCCUAUUCGUUAAAUAAAUUUGUGUUCGCAUCA